UCGAUCAAAUAUUAGAGGUAAAUAUUUCGCUAUAGUUAUUAAUUUGCAUUAAUUUCCAUGCGAAAACGCGUAAUUAUCAUUUCGUCAAAAAGCUCAUACUCUACUGCACUGAUGUAAGACGAACAUACACAAACGUAUGUAUCAAACAAAUGGAGCACUGAAACGAAACGAGAUGAAAGUGUCGAGUAUAGAUUAAUGCAACGGUAAACCGAGUUUUGAGUACGCCUGAUUCUUAACUUUCUAUCGAAAGUUUAUGAAUAUAUAAUGAAUUAAAUGUCUUCCUGGUCUGGUCCAAGGUAUAACCAAUAUCAGUCUUGAAUUCGAGCCGAAACGCGAAGCAUCAUAACCGCGCGAGUGAAUCGGAAAUAAAAAAGAUGUCUUGUAGAUCAUUUGGCUUGCUGAUCUUGAUUCCAAUGAUCGUGAAUAUCAGCUGCGCCACGAAAAUAAAAAAAAUAGAUAUGACAGAGUACGUGUCAUCGUAUUACGAUCCAACAACAGGAUUAGAAUUAAAUGGUCAACCGGAGGACGUCGAAAGAACUCCCUUCCAAUUGCCAAAACUUAUUUUUCGAGGAAUGCCAUGUUUCUGUAAUAAUAUGACCUGCGGUUGCUGUGCCGGUGUUAAUUUAACGGCAAUUAAUUUUAAUCGACGUGCAUGCACCAAGUUCACUUACGAUCCUCAAGAAUUUGCUAUCAACAUGUCGUUUAAUAUGAACGAAAAAGAGAUAUUUUCUAGUUCCUUGUCCGCGAAGAAUCCUCCACCGGUUUGCAUUCCAUUCGUCUAUAUACCUGUAAUAACGUUCUGUGCUCGAUUCUUUGACAUUCACACGAUCGGCACAAAUCUUCAUGCUUGUUUAGAUCUCGAAACACGAGUUGUGAACGCACCGAUUUUAAUCCUACAUUUCAACUGCGUGAAAAUCGGUACCGAAGGUAUAUCGUUGUCGAAGCCGGGUGAAAAUCUCACUAGUCUUUCGUCGACCUCGAAUCUAAACGAGAAGGAUGAAAUUUACGACGAAGUCAAUUUCGAACAAUCGGAUCUCGAUGUGACUAACAACUUUAACGGUGGUACGACUUACAGUCCUGAAGACGAAGCUGCGAUCGGACAGUUGAAAUAUUGAUUUUAU